UCGAAAGCGUUAGGAGGGAGAGAGAGAGAGAGAGAGAGAGCUGCAAGUAGGAUUGCGAGUUCAGCCGUGGACUGCGCGCGUGAUGACGAAGCGAGGGCUUCUCCGAGCUGACAUCGCUACACGAUUCGAGGGUGAGCCUGACGAUGCCACACUCUCCAUCCUACCCUAAAGAUAACGUGAUGAGAUACAUGUAAAACCCGACCCCUACCCCGACAAGACACGAUUUUUGACGACAGUUGGAUUGAGAGAAUACCGUUGGAAGGCGCGAACCAACAUGAUGGACCCUCCUUGCCUCAUUGCCGCAAAUUGGGUUCGGAGGUGGUGACUUGACUGUAAUGUGCAGGCCGAACCGUGCUGUCCGCCAUCUGCGCCGCGGGAUGUUGGUUGUUUCCCGCCGUGUCGCCUCGUUUGAUGCCGCGAGCAUUCUAGCGUCCCGCAUUUCCUUUCCUGUCUUCGCGAUUCGAAUUGUUAGAUGUAGCAGUAGUUUGCCUGUCUUCCUAGACGAUGACCUUCACGGGACUGGACACUUCGAGAACCGCACGUUGAAUCUGGACGAAUUUUUCGCUUCUCUCAUUGAAAACUCGACGAGCUUAAGACAUUUGAAUCAAAUCCAUGCCAAGUUGCUGGUCCUUGGACUGCAUAAAGAUAGUUUUUUGAUCACCAAGCUGGUCAAUUGGAGCUCGAACCUUGGAGAAAUUCGAUAUUCCCGUAAGGUUGAUGAAUUUUCUGACCCGGAUGUGUUCUUGUGGAAUGCUAUAAUUAGGGGUUACUCAAGGCACAAUAUGUUCAGUGAUGCUAUCGAAUUGUACUCUGAAAUGCUGGGGACUGGCGUCAGUCCGGAUGGCUUCACUUUCCCCUACAUUUUGAGAGCAUGUACUGGCUUGCCUGCUCUUGGAAUAGGUAGGUGCGUACAUGGACAGGUUUAUAGGCAUGGUUUUGAAUCGGAUGUGUUUGUGCAGAAUGGUGUUGUGACAUUGUAUGCCAAAUGUGGCAAGGUUGAGCAUGCUCGGACUGUGUUUGACCAAUUACGUGAUAGGACCGUUGUAUCGUGGACAUCUAUGAUUUCUGGGUAUGCUCAGAAUGGCCAACCGAUGGAAUCUUUGAGAAUUUUCAGCCAGAUGAGGAAAUCAAACGUACAUCCUGAUUGGAUUGCUCUUGUGAGUAUUCUUAAAGCAUACACUGAUAUAGAAGAUCUUGAUCAAGGGAAAUCUGUUCACAGUUGUGUCAUCAAGAUGGGUCUUGAACAUGAACCAGACUUGCUUAUAUCUCUCACAGCUUUUUAUGCUAAGUGUGGUCUUGUCACUGUUGCCCGAACAUUUUUUGAUCAGAUGGAGAUGCCAAAUUUAAUUUUGUGGAAUGCCAUGAUUUCUGGUUAUUCAAAGAAUGGCUAUGCUGAGGAAGCUGUGGAGCUAUUCCGGGGCAUGAUCUCUAAAAACAUAAAAACAGAUACUAUAUCUGUGUCAUCUGCUAUUUUGGCAUGUGCCCAAGUGGGCUCUCUUGAGUUGGCACGAUGGAUGGACCAGUACAUCUCUAAGAGUGAAUUUAGAGAUGACAUUUUUGUGAAUACAGCACUCAUUGAUAUGUUUGCAAAAUGCGGAAGCCUGCAUUUGGCGCGAAAAACUUUUGAUCGUGCACGAGACAAGGAUGUUGUCAUGUGGAGUGCUAUGAUUGUGGGAUAUGGAUUGCAUGGUAAGGGCCGAGAAGCCAUUGAUCUUUACCACGAGAUGAAGAAAGUUGGUGUGUGCCCAAAUGAUGUCACCUUUGUUGGACUUCUCACUGCAUGCAACCAUUCAGGUCUUUUAAAAGAGGGGUGGGAAUUUUUCCACAGCAUGAGUAGUUAUGGGAUUGAACCACGUCAUCAGCACUAUGCUUGCGUGGUCGAUCUUCUUGGACGCGCCGGACAUUUAAAACAAGCCUAUAAUUUUAUCCUAAAGAUGCCCAUUGAACCAGGUGUAUCUGUAUGGGGUGCUCUUUUGAGUGCAUGCAAGAUUCAUCGCAAUGUGGCACUGGGUGAAUAUGCUGCACAACAUCUUUUCUCACUAGACCCAUAUAAUAUUGGACAUUUUGUUCAACUCUCGAAUCUCUAUGCUUCAUUACGUUUAUGGGACCAAGUUGCCAAAAUACGAGUACUGAUGAGAGAAAAAGGUCUCAAUAAGGACCUUGGAUACAGUUUGAUUGAGAUCAAUGGAAAGCUUCAGGCCUUCCGUGUAGGAGACAAGUCACAUCCAAGAUCCGAGGAAAUAUUUGAAGAACUUGAGAAAUUGGAGAGUAGGUUGAAGGAGGCUGGUUUUGUCCCCAGUACAGAGUCUGUGAUGCAUGACUUGAUACAUGAAGAGAAGGAGCAAUUCCUUUGUAAUCAUAGUGAGAGAAUUGCCAUUGCGUUUGGAUUGAUUAGCACUACUCCUGGAACAACACUUCGCAUAAUAAAAAAUCUCCGCGCGUGUGUUAACUGUCAUGCGGCAACCAAAUUUAUAUCUAAGCUUGUCAAUAGAGAGAUUGUCGUGCGAGAUGCGAAUCGUUUCCAUCAUUUUAAGAAUGGGCUCUGUUCCUGUGGAGACUACUGGUGAGGAGGAAUGUGCUGGACAAAUUAGAUGCAGAGAGCUGGCGAACUCAUCUUCUUUUUGCCGCAAAUUGUAUUCAGAGAUCGAAGAUGUUGGAUGGGAACAUUUGGUGAGACUAGGUGACAAUUUAACAUUUCUCAGCUUCCGUAUCUUGGCAUUUCCAGCCUGAAACUAAUGUGAUGGAACAAUUAAUCUCCUCUCCAGCUGUGGACCUCCUUCACACCUCUUGCAGGUGCACCAUUCACAGUCUGUCCAUCAUUGCUGGUUGUUGCUCAUCAUCCACCAUUGAGUUCACUUGUCUAUUCUCUCUUCAUUGUCCAUCAAGUUCUAGGCAUCCACUAAAUUACCUAUGCUUUUGUUGUCUUUGGUUAUGAAGCUAGCUUCUUCUGAUCUUUUGCAGUUUUCUGGGUCUUUGUUUCACUUUUUUUUUUUUUUUUUUUUUUUUUUUUUUUGGGUUGAAGGGUCUUUGUUUCAUUAACAAAGAACUCCUUUAUAGUGAAAAGGAAAAAAAGAAAGAGAAAGAAAGAGAGAGGAGGUGUCAGCCUUUUGUAUAUGGUUCUUUCCUUCGGUGCUUCAUCAGUUAGAUCUGAUUUUGACUUGGUCAUGCUUUGUCUUUUAUGUAAGGUCUGGCUUGUACUCCUGCUGUAGUCUUUAUCUGGUUUGAUAUGGCCACAUCCAUGUAAGGUGUGCCUACACUUGCUGCUGUUGGAGAUAAAAUCUCUUCUAUUAUUGACAGUUGAAGAAAGUUGUAGCUAUGUUGCUGUUUUUAUCGUCUGUGCUUAAUAACUUUAACUUUUAGUGCUACUGAUUUUUUGGUUAAGUAUCUUGGAUAAGCUUGUCUUAAUGGUUCUUGUCUUAAUGGUUCUUGUCUUUCUUAGUUUCAAAUAUGUAUACGCAUACACACUUUGACAGGGGGCAGUGUGUUCAUGCAUAUUUUUUUGGUUAAGGAUUUUCCUUCUGCUUGUUUUUACUAGUUCUACUGGAUAUUACCUGUUUUUCCUUCACCUCUCCUGUAACCCUCAAAGUCUUCAACUUUUUGACAAAUCA